GAGAGUUUUUAUUUAUUGGCUGGCAUAAUGAAGGAUCACUACAUCUGGAAUUGAGUCUUUCUUGAGCACGUGGCAAAGUUAUAAUGUCUUGGCUUCUAAAUUCAACUCUUAAUGGUUCAACAUCUAAUCUUGCGGACUCCUCAGGCCAACCCUAUACCACAUUGUUUUCUGGCCAGUCUGCGGCAGUGCCUGGGUUCCAUCCUUCUGGUGGUCUUCAAGGAUUGCAUAAUAUUCAUGGAAGCUUCAACCUGCCAAAUGUGCCUGGUUCGCUUGCAUCCAGAGAGGCCACAAUGGGUGUUGUACCAUCAGGUGGUGUUCAGCAACCAGGAGGAAGCAUUCCUAGUGGACGGUUCUCAUCAAACAAUCUUUUGGUUGCAUUAUCUCAGAUGCCUCAUGGCUCUGGUGUCACAAAUAGAGGGGGUAUUAAUGUUGUUGGAAAUCAUGCUUUUAGUAGUAGUAAUAUUAAUGGAGUCACUGGGUCAAUAACUGGUAUUUCCUCAAGUUCAGCUUCUAGGAAUCGUAGUUCUGUUCCUGGUUUGGGAGUUUCUCCAGUAUUGGGUAAUGUAGGGCCAAGACUUACAAGCUCUGUAGGCAACAUUGUUGGCAGUGGUAACAUGGGAAGAAGCAUCAGUUCUGGAGGAUUAUCUGUGCCCGGUUUAGCUUCACGAGUAAACUUAGCUACUAAUAAUGGGUCAAGGAGUCUCAAUGUACAAGGAACCAACAGAUUAAUCAGUAGCAUGCUUCAACAGGGUAGUUUUCUUGCUUUCCUUGAAGCUCUUCAAUUUCUGUUUGCAUAUUAAUUUAAUCUUGGCGCAAGUGUCU